AUGGUUGUUAGCCCAGAUCGCAAUGUCUCGUCUGAAAGUGUUGAAAAGCCACAGAGUAAUAAGAGGAAGGCAACUUCCGUACUUGACGUAGAUGUCUAUGCAGACGACAUCCAUUCGUAUUUACGAAAAGCAGAGUACUUUCAUCGGCCUAAAUACGAUUACAUGGAAAGGCAAUGUGACGUCAAUGGCACAAUGAGAUCAAUCUUGGUAGAUUGGUUAGUUGAAGUCAGCGAAGAAUAUAAAUUAAGGGAGAGAACUUUAUAUUUGGCAAUAUCAUACAUUGACCGCUUUUUAUCGGCUAUGUCUGUUCGACGUAGUAAAUUACAAUUGGUUGGCACAGCAGCCUUAUUUAUAGCAGCUAAAUUUCAAGAAAUAUAUCCACCAGAUUGCGCAGAAUUUGCGUACAUCACCGACGAUACAUAUAAUAUAAAACAGGUUUUAAAAAUGGAAUCACUUAUGUUAAAGGUCCUUUCCUUUAACUUAUCAAGUCCUACAGCCGUCGAUUUCUUGGAGCGUUACGGUAGUGAAGCUGGAUUAGAUAGCGAAAUUCGUGAGUUAUCUAUGUACUUGACGGAAUUAACGCUCAAAGAUUAUGGCUUCUUACAAUUUAUGCCGUCAUUGAUUGCUGUAUCAGCCGUUUCUUUGGCUUUGCAUACGUUUAAAUUGAAAUAUUGGCCACAAGAAUUAUCAACUUAUACCAAUUACCAAUGGCAACAAGUUUCACCUUGUUUAAAUAGAAUAUUUGAAGCGUUUCGAUUGGCUCAUACUCAGCCUCAACGCGCGGUUGUAGAGAAAUACAAAUCUCCUCGGUAA